AUGUCUCGCCGCGGUCCUUCUUCCAGCUCACGUGGGCAGCGGGCUGCCAGUCCUUCCGAGAUGAUCGGGCGCCUUAGAGUCAUGGUCGAGGCAGAUCAGGCUCAACCUGGCUAUGACUAUGCGCAGACCAGGCUCCCGGAUACAUCAGUCGAGUUUCGUGCUGCAGCUACAGUUGUCAAUUUGGCUUUGAGCAUGCUUGAGACUCCAGAAGGGAGAUCCCGUAUAACUCAGAUUGGCCAGACGUUCAUCUCAUACAGGAGGAGUUUCCAACACAUUUAUGAAGAUGACCCUCGCAACAUGCCGUGGUGGGUUGAUUUCUUCCUUAACAGGCUUCGAGCUAGCUUUCCCAAUGUGGUUUUGAGUAAUCACAUCAAAGGAGAAGGAUCCGCUCAGAAGUCAAACUGGGCAAGAGGCGGCUUGAAGAUGAGAGAAUGGGAUCCGAGCAUGGCCGGGACUAUGAGACUCAAUAAGAAGGUCAUUGAGAACAUGAUAACUGCUGGUAACAACUCUGCCUCUACCAAUAACCCCGACGAAUUGGCCGCAUUCGAAUCCUUUAUGUUUCUUGUCAGCGUCACUAUUGCCCAUGAACUAAUGCACCUUUUCGUUGGAUUCCUCACGGGCUACAAUUGGCCCGCAACACCCCCACAGCUCUCUUUCUUGCCUGAACUGUUCAACAACGAGAUUGAUAACGAAGAGGUUGGUGAAUCUGGACGAUACUGGGAGGGUAUGGUCCUUGGAGGAACCAUUGAGACAUAUGAGAAUACCUCGAACCCCCUUGGGACCCGGCAAGCUGGCGACUUGUUUUUAUUUGACAGUCAAAUGCGCGCAAGAAAGCUUGACCGGGCAUGCAUCAGACGGAACCUGGAAUUCAACUUUGAGUUUCCUCUUCGGACUGUAGGUCGUUCCAUUCACAUCGACGACAUCGAUGACCAGCGACGACCAAUGAAAGAUGCACGAGCUGCCUCACUUCCGCGCGGAGUUUCACUUGACAGAGAUCGAGCCCGCACUGUUGAGCCUGCUCAGUUGGAAUUCUAUGCCGGGCUUCCAUCGCACACUGUCAGUGGAAGAGAAUUCGAACUUAUCCGACGGAUCCCAAGGAUGCCUGUAUAUCUGUUUGCGGCUGCAUAG